UAGCUUCAGAAGCUUGAUUCCAAAUUACAUAAGGGAUUCCGCUGUAUCUAUCGUUGUGUACGAUGUGACGUCAAGGGACAGUUUUGACCGCACCAUUGAGUGGAUCCGGAAAAUUCGGGAUGAACGAGAUACAAGUAGUCUGAUAUUCCUGGUUGGAAACAAAGUUGACUUGGAAGAAGAGAGGGUUAUCACCACAGAAGAGGGUAUCGAAUUGGCCAAAAAGGAGGGUAUCUUUUUCCUGGAAACCAGUGCAAAAUCCAAUAUUGGUGUACAGAGGACCCAGCAGCCAGGCCUUCUUCUACCCAUAACCUUUCAGGAUUCUUCUAGACUCCAAAAGGACUAUUUAGCUUGCAUAGAAACAAACAUGAAGAUAUGGUUUCUUCACGACUGGGAUGGUGUUGGUCUAAGUUAUGACCUUUUGGAAUCUCUGUUCACAACACAUUUCCAAUCUGUCGCGCCCGAUGUCCUAAAUCCGUUGGUCGGUCACCUCAACCAUGGCAGCUUCAUUAUUGUGGAGGACGGAGUCAAAGGUCUUGCUGACAUGCAGGCUGCACGCACCGAAUGGCCUUUCAAGGUAGCCACUCACUCCAUUCAGAAGGCGCAAUAA